CUCAAGAACGUCGUGGUAUGUUGAAAAUAGACCGGCAUUUUUUCUCUUUUUUUGGAUCCAGUGAGUGUUGCGCGAGAUGAAGAAAGUCAGAUCAUCUUGCUAUAGCCAUCUUCAUACUAUCGGAAUAAUAAACACGUGAGAAUGAGAUGAUCAGACCUAACUAUCGUAAUAAAAUAAAACAGCUUGUGUCCCCCAACGAAGUAGACGACGUAGCAGCCGACUUUCAUACGCCCGUGCAUGAGAAGCAGGACAACAUGGACGUAGCUGCUGACUGACAAAAAAGCUCGCGGAGCAGCGCUUCGUCGCAAUAAUUGCAAACGACCGCGAGAGGACCCUUGCUUCGCGGGAACUAUUUUCAGUUUUACAGUGCUGGGAAAACAAGCAGGUGCCCGGGGAGGAGAAUUUGAAUUGUUUUGCGUACCCCCACUGCUGCUGCACACGCCGCAAGUGGAAGAGGAUUAAAGACAGUUGUGAAGCUGUUUUGUCAAUCAGAGAGCCUGUCGUGCAUGUGCUGUAAGUAUUUUUGUUUCUGUUCGGUGUUCCUGAUUCUCGGCAUGUUUUCGAUCUGCAGAGAAGUCUUUUCGAGUGUAAUUUUGCUUGAUUGGAUGUUCUUUCGGAGCGUUGUUUCUAGGAGCGAAUGAGUAUCUCUCAUACAUCGUCACAAUCAAAGCCGCAAACUUUGCAAGCUCCGACGAAAGUAAGAACUGAAAACUGUCGAAAAAAAGAGUUUCGUUGUUGUCACGAGGUACCCAAAUACACACUCGUGUCUGUUUCCCAGCCGCAGGGCUUCUGACUAGCGGAAGUAUGUUGAUUUUACGCUUGAUCAUGUAAGAUAGCUGCUGAAAUCUAGCUUUUCAUCACGAAAACAGAAUGAUAAACUCGAGUCCGCCGCUGGGUACUACUAGCAGCGCUCCACCUCCGUCGAUGCUCUCAUGGAGUGCUGUAAAUGAGGUGGUGGAGGCGCAGCUGAAGGUCGCAAUCGGGCGCAUCGCCACUGCGUUUGAGCAGGAACUAAAAAAGCUGGAGGAGAAAAUGGACCACGAGCUUCACGCCAAAGUGGCGCUACUGCAGCGGGACUACAACAAGUGCCAAUCGCGGCUGCAGUCGGUGGAACACAUCGUGCGCAUGUCCAAAGAGAAAUCGAUUCUUGACGCGCUCGGCGUUCUGGACAAGAAAAUGGACGCGUUGGAGGACAAAUUCGUCGGCGAGGUCGGCGUGCCCAUUCGGGUACAGAUCGACGACGCGUGGCGCGGCAAGGCGCACGAGUUGCGCGACGAGCUUACCGAGUACCUCGACCAAGGGUUGCGCGGCACGAAAACGGACACGGCGGAGCUGGACAUGCGAUUCCGGUCCUUCCACGGUUGGUUCAAGGACGUGAUCACGCCCGAGCUGGCGAAGAUGCACGCGCAGCUCGAGACCGAAGCCACGGUCCGGGAAAACUCGGACGAGGCCCUGCUUUCGGUGCUACAGAAAUACGCCAAAGUGAUGCACCGCCACUUUCAAAUCAAGCCCUUCCAGCGGAGUGAAGUUUUCACCGCCUGGGGCACGAGUACCGACGACAGCUUGCGGUAUCGACCACCGCCGGGGGGACGCGGCACCGGUGGCACGAGCGCGAUCCGUGGGCUGCUGGGCAGCUUUGACACUGCUGCGACAACAGGACGGGAUCAGCAUGUCGGGGAAGAAGUGUCCGACCAGCGUAGACUCGGGCUGCUCUCGCGCGAAGGACAGCACUACAUGGAAAUGCGGCAUCCGGCGCGGGGAGUGAGUCCAAGUCGUGGCGAAGAUUCAGCCUCCACUUCGCCGCGACAAUUCUUUAGUAGGGCCAGCAGCAGGGAUAAGAACAAAGCAUCGAAGCAAGCGCCGACCAGUUCCUCUGGAAGGGGAACUGAUCCACCAAGGAGCCAUGCAAGGAACAAAAUCGGCGCUGUCCUCGGAACGACUGAAUCCUCGUCUUCGUCAUUGUCUCGGACGGUUGCCAAUCCCGCCACUCAGAGAUGGUCCCUCGCGUCAAGCGCAGGGCAGACGAAGGGUACGACUACACCAGCGCUAAGCAAAGACGCACCGCGGGAAAAUGGGGUUGUGCGAACGCAGAAUCUUCAGCAGCCAGCUCCCCCAAACAAGGGCAAACCCACUUCGGCGGGGUUUGUAUUGCCUCGAGAGCUGCAGAAGCAGAUGGCGUCCAGCUCCGGCGAACCGCGUCCGUCCACCGCCGAGCAGACAAAUAAAGUGGAGAGCACGAGCAUGCAGAUGCAGCCUCUUCUUUCCGCGAUGGGAGACGGAGUUGCGGUAAAGGCCAGAUCGAAAUCAUCCACCGACGAAGCUGAGGCAGCUCAGGAUGUUCAGCCGGAUUUUGAGGUACCCAGUACACGACCGGGUGGUUCCCGUUUGCGACCGCAAAGUAAGACUGGAAGUGCAGAUGUGAUCUCCGCCCCCGCAAAUGGAAAUGGAAAAGGAGUCGACUCCAGGGGGGAGAAAGAAAAACCAGACUGGAAGUCUCCGGUCGUCUCUCCAGUGGUUACGUCGACAAGCAAGGCGAAAGGCUUCGGUUCUAUAAAAAGAAAAACGACCAACACCGACAGCACCGGAAAUGAAGGCAGCUUGAGCUACGACACCAUUCUUCAAGCAACCAAGAUGCAGCGGAAGAAUGGCUUGACAGAAGUGUCUAUUCUUUCCAAGAAAACAGCUGCGAAGUCUUCAAGUAGUCCUCGCCUAAAAAAUGACGGCAGGACAGGAAAAGGAAACAUGCAAACACUUGAUACGCACCAGGACACAGAGGAAGCGUUCUAACGCAGGACGAACUCUGCUGCUACGACAGAUUUUGUAGCUCUCGAUACGGUAUGAAUCAUUUUACGAUUUUCUGG